AUGACAGGACCUCCUGUUAUGGGUUUCCCUGCGGGGCCCUCACCUCAGCACCCUCCUAAUACGAUGAUGGGGCCCCCAGGGGCCCCUAUUGGUAGGGCCCCGGGGGCCCCUGGGGGCCCCCCACCUAUGGGUGGAGUAGGAGGGUACGGUCCCCGUAUGGGUGGGGGCCCCCAUGGAGCAGUAGGUAUGGGGGGCCCCCCAUUUGGAGGGCCCCCAAUGGGGGGCCCCCCUCCAUCAAUGGGGGGCCCCCCAAUGGGGGGCCCCCCAAUGGGGGCCCCCCCUCCAGGUAUGGGUCCAACCCCAGGAGGAAUGGGUACUGCAGCAGUUGCAGGGGGCCCCCCACCACCAAUAGCAGCAGCAGCAGCAGCAGCAGUAGGAGGAGGAGCAGGUGGUGCAGCAGCAGCAGCAGCAGCAGCAGCAGCAGCAGGAGCUCCAGGCGGGACUUGGGGCCCUGUUGCUCCUGAGAUGGCUGCAGUUGGGAUGACAGCUUUAAACUUAAAAAGAUUAAAAUAUUUACAGCCGAAAGCCGUUGAUGUUAAUAUACCCCCGAACUGCACAAUUUAUAUAUCAAAUAUUAACGAUAGAGUUAAACUUAAAGAGUUGAGAGAAAAUUUGAAGUCGAUGUUCAAACAAUUCGGAGAAAUUCGACAAAUUGUCGCGAUGAGCUCCUUCUGGAGGAGGGGACAAGCUUGGAUUGUGUUUAAAGACGAAACUGCAGCAACAGCUGCGUUGAACGGCAUGCAGGGUUUUGUCUAUCACGGGCAGCCUUUGCAUAUAAAUUAUGCACUGGCGAAGAGUGAUGUUGUUGCUAAAGAAGACGGGACAUUCGCAGAGAGACCGAAGGGGCCCCGAAAGCCAAAGAGAGUGCGAGAGAAGGAAGAAGUGCAGAAGCAGCUUUUCUUGCAGCUGCAGCAGCAAUAUCUUGCUCUGAAGAGUCCCUCUGGGUUGCCUCCUCAAGCAACAGCAUCAACAAACCCUGCUGCUCUUGUUGCAGCAGCACAAGCACGGCAGCAGCAGCAGCAACAGCAACAGCAGCAGCAGCAGCAGCAGGGUGCUGCGGAUGGCUCCGCCUCUAGCAGCAGCCAAGGCCCUGGUAGCUCGAACAAGGUGCUAUUUGUAGAGAAUCUGCCGGACUGGUGCACGAACUUUGCUUUACAGCAGCUCUUCUCUCAAGCUGAGGGUCUUGUAGAUAUUCGUGCUAUUUUAUUUAAGAAGGUUGCAUUCGUUGAAUAUGCGUCGGAGACAUUAGCAGCUAAAGCCCUCAGCAAGCUGCAAGGUCAGACAAUCAGCGGUACUCCUCUGAGGCUGUCUUACGCGCGGAAGUGA